AUGAGAGGUAGUGAUGGCUCCGAAAAAGGCGGGGGCAGCCUGUGCCUCAACGUGGGGGCCUUGGAAGGAUAUCUGUUAGCUACGAAUAAGGAAACCACAGAUACAGGAGAAGAUGAUCAUGGGACUGUCAAUGGAGGUCGGAAAUGGCAGAACAACCCAAUUUUGGGAAGAUGUCUGGCUACCUGGUGGGGUCUUGAAGGAGAUAUUCCCAAGACUGUGAUGCAAGAAACGGUCACCCCAGAGGAAAUAAGGAGUUAUAGCUUUACUAGUGCUGUUUGGAGGGGCUUCGUCCCGCACAGAGUAGAAUUGUUUACUUGGUUUGUGUUGAUUGAGCGGAUGAACACCAAAGAACGACUAUCCAAAUUAGGUAUUCUUGGUCCACGUGAUGAUUUGUGUGCUUUAUGCAGCAAGGCUGUUGAGUCUGCUUUUCAUCUGUUUAUUGGUUUGAGUUCACUUGGCAAGUGUGGAGCGCGCGUGGUUGUUCGCCCUUGGAAGGUCAUGGACCAUACCAGGCACACUGAAGCAACACUUUGA